AUGGACCACCUCAAGUCGACGCCCAUCACCCGAAUCUGCUGCAUCGGCGCCGGCUACGUGGGCGGGCCCACCUGCGCCGUGAUCGCCAAGAAGUGUCCGCACAUUCGCGUCUGCGUGGUCGACUCGAAUCCGGAGCGCAUCAAGGCCUGGAACAGCGACACGCUGCCCAUCUACGAGCCCCAACUGGACGGCAUCGUGGAGGAGUGCCGCGGUCGGAACCUCCACUUCAGCACUGACCUCCACGCGGAGAUCACCGCUGCGCAGCUGAUCUUCAUCAGCGUCAACACUCCGACCAAAACCUUCGGCUUCGGCAAGGGCAAGGCCGCCGACCUGAAGAACCUCGAGACGGUCUCGCGGCUGAUCGCCACCACCGCCACCGACUCGAAGAUCAUCGUGGAGAAGAGCACGGUGCCGGUGCGGGCGGCCGAGUCCAUUGACCGCAUCCUCGCCGCCAACAAGGCCCCCGGGGUGCACUUUGAGAUUCUCAGCAACCCGGAGUUUCUCGCCGAAGGGACGGCCAUCGCCGACCUCUACUCGCCGGACCGCAUUCUGAUUGGCGGUGGAAGUUCCCCUGACGCGCAGAUCGCCCUCUCCAAGCUGGUGGAGAUCUACCGGAACUGGGUCCGCCCGGAGGCGAUCAUCACCACGAACACCUGGAGCUCGGAGCUGUCGAAACUGGCGGCGAAUGCCUUCCUCGCGCAGCGCAUCAGCUCCAUCAACGCCAUCUCGGCGAUCUGCGAGGGGCGCUUUCUGCAGGCGAGCGUCGGCUUCGGCGGCAGCUGCUUCCAGAAGGACGUCCUCAAUCUGGUCUACCUCAGCGAGUACCUGAAGCUGCCCGAGGUGGCCGACUACUGGCAUCAGAUUAUCCUGCUGAACGACUACCAGAAGCGGCGCUUCGCCCUGCGCAUCACCGAGUGCCUCUUCAGCACCGUCACCGACAAGCGCAUCGCCAUCCUCGGCUUCGCCUUCAAGGCGAACACCGGCGACACGCGCGAGACGCCGGCCAAGUUCGUCUGCCAGCACCUGCUCGACGAGGGCGCCCGCCUCUCCAUCUACGACCCCAAGGUGCCCCACCGACAGGUGAUGCAGGACCUGGCCGCCUUCGCCGAGCUCUCCUCCACCAACUUCACCACUGAACAGCUGGGUGAUCUGGUGGAGAUUGUCGACUCGCCGUACACCGCCUCACAGGGCGCCCACGCGCUGGUCAUCUGCACUGACUGGGAUGAGUUCAAGGAACUAGACUACCAAAAGAUGUACCAGCUGAUGAUGAAACCGGCCUUCCUCUUUGACGGUCGCAACAUUGUCAAUGUGAAGCAGGCGCAGACGAUUGGCUUUCACGUGGAGAAGAUCGGCCGACAGUCGUCGCACGGAAAGAUUGGCGUGCCCUCUGCUGCCGCCGCGGCUAAAGUUACUGCCGCUGUUGCCAAUGGAAAUGCCAAUGGGGUCAUCAGUAGUUCCAGCAAUGGCAGUUUGUGA